ACAGCCUUGCGCGAUGUGUCAGCGAAUUGAUAGGGGUAGGCAAAUCAGCGGUGGUGGUAAUGUGUUCGAUGUGAUAAAGGCGACGUGUUAUAAGGGAUGAUAAGGCACGUGGAGUAUUGCUCAAUGUCAUUCUAAAAAAAGAAGAAAGAAAGAAAGAAAGGAAAUCAAGAAGCUCUUUUAAUUAUUUUGUAUCGGUUAUUCGUCCUUCGUUCUUUGUCAGUGUGGUAUUCUUUCUUUGUGUGCUUUAUUUCGAAGAAACUAGAUGACUCGGACGUGUAGACAAAUUCGAAAGGGUUUAUGGCCAAGGUAGCGCCGACCCUCGUGCGAUUGUCAGUCAAAGGGACCUAUUUCUUCGAUAAUUUGUCGGUGAUUUUCGAAUGAAAGAUGAUUAUUCGAAGAACAAUAUUAGAAAAUACGACGAUGCGAAGAAUACCGGCGUGCCUUCUUCACUUCUUCGAUUAUUUCCUGCUGAAACGUCGAUGAUAUUCGUCUGGCGAAUUUCUACCCUAUUCGUGAUGCAAAAGUAACGCGAUUUACUCGUUUAAGACAAAAGAAAAAGAAACCCUCUCAUCCCCUUCAGAAUAUUAACUUUCCUACAGAAGAGGAGGAGGAAGAAGAAGAAGAAGAGAAUAGUCUUACUGUCUACUCUCUUAUCGAGUGUUCGAGAGUCUAUACUACUAGCAGUGAUGUUUAUGUAAUCAGUUGGAACAGUAUCGUGUGAAAUACAUACAUAUAUUAUACAUAUAUGAAGCUUUGAAGAUAAUAAAGCUUCGAGUUUGAAUUUGGUGAAAGGUGUUUCGUGUUUCUCGUGGAACGACGAAGGAUGGACGAAAAUAUCGUCGGUAGAAGGAAUCGUCGUGCCGCACGUUAUGUUCUUGGUGGUGCGCGACGGCGAGCUCGUCGACGAAAUCAUCGACGAAGUCAUCAAGGAAAAGGCUCAACCAAGCUCAAAUUACUUCAAGAUAAGCCGUCCUCUUCCUUCUCAUCAUCUGUAUCUCCCUUUAUAUUCUUCUUCGUUGCUUCCACGAGAAAACGCCGAAGGAAGGAAGAAGAAGAAGAAGAAGAAGAAUCAUUGUUGUCGUUGUUAUCCUUCAAGAUCGUUGAUCGUUGUCUAGGAGUCCUAUCAGGAGGCUCCUAGUGUAAUUGAAUGGAAACCAAAGUGAGUGAAGAAAGGAGACAUUAUGCCUGGCAUCGUGGUAUUUCGACGACGCUGGAGCGUCGGCAGCGACGAUCUCGUUGUACCUGGUGCCUUCCUCUUCGUUUUGCAUCUCAUAUGGGUGACGGUACUUGGAGUCCUACUAGGAAUCCUUCAAUGGGAUCGAAGUAUUAUGUGCAUAUUUCUUCUAUGGGAAUAUAUAUUAGGCUAUCUUGUGCUUUUCAUAGUCUCAAUGGUGGUGGAGUUCUCGAUCUGUUUCCUUGCAACGAGAGGAAGCAUUUUGGAUACUGCAAAAAGGGCACCAAUGCAAUAUAUACUUUAUAUUCGCUUAUUCCUCUUAUUGGUAGAAGCUGGAUGGUUGUGUGCAGGAGUUACCUGGAUAACACGAUUUUAUCAAUCCUGUCCCGUGGACCAAGUCAAGGACGUGAUGCUGGGUUUGGUGAUAUGCAAUUGGUGUGUGUUGGCGUUUGUGAUGGUAACGGUAUGGUGUACGUACGACGCCGCCGGCAGAUCCUGGGUGAAAAUGAAGAAAUAUCAACGUAGCAUGAGGGAGGCGGAAUCGAGGGGAGGUAGAUUACACUACAAACGCAGUGGUAGCAGAAGCCGAAAUUGGCGACAACGAAAAGUUAUACGUGCCUAUCAAGAUAGCUGGGACAACAGAUGCAGAUUGUUGUUUUGUUGUAUGGGAAAUUCCGAUCGAAAUAGAAAUUCUUUCGCUGACAUUGCCAAACUUUUAAGCGACUUUUUCCGUGACCUUGACGUGGUACCAUCGGACGUAAUAGCCGGGCUGGUGCUUUUACGAAAAUUUCAGAAAAUCGAAAGAGAAUUGAUAGUGAAACAGAAGAAAAACGACACGUAUGAGUUCCUCUCAGGCGUGCCAGUAACGCCUCGUACUAAGUUUCUCUCCUUGACCGAGGACGGCGAUCUGGGCCAUUUCCAGUUGGCCAUUCAUUAUAUGCACUUCGCCCUCGCUGCCUACGGUUGGCCUAUGUUCCUCGUUAAUCAUUCUACGGGACUCUGCCAGUUGUGCACGAGGUUAAGAUGCACUUGCUUUCCGUGCGGCAAUCAUGAGGACGAAGCCACGAUAGUGGAAGACAACUGUUGUCAAUGUAAUUAUGCGGCCCUAAGGAAAAUGGUCGAAGUUGGCGAAGUUGAAGUUAUUUAUGCUACCUUUCAUGUGGACGUCGGAGAAACACCAUUUUUUGUAGCACUUGAUUACUCAAAAAGAAAGGUUGUCGUUAGUAUACGUGGAACGCUCAGUAUGAAAGACGUUUUAACAGAUUUAAAUGCAGAAGGCGAAGUGUUACCAUUAACUCCGCCAAAAGACGAUUGGCUAGGUCACAAGGGUAUGGUUCAAGCCGCAGAAUACAUACGCAAGAAGCUUCAAGAAGAGAACAUUAUCGCGCGAGCACUAUCAAAGGAUCCUUCGAGAGGCACCGAUCAUUUUGGAUUGACAUUGGUUGGUCAUUCCCUUGGUGCAGGCACCGCUGCGAUACUUGCAAUUUUACUUAGACAAGAAUAUCCGGAUUUGAUAUGUUUUUCUUUCGCACCACCCGGUGGAUUGCUCAGUAUGCCAGCUCAGCAAUAUUCUCAAGAAUUUACGACUUCCGUAGUUGUAGGGAAGGACGUUGUACCUAGGAUAGGAUUACGACAGAUGGAAAGUUUAAGGGCCGACCUUAUAAAUGCGAUAAAAAGAAGCGUCGAUCCCAAGUGGAAAACGAUAGCUUGCUCGGUAAUGUGUUGCGGAUGUAGCUCGACACCCACGUCGGCAGCUAAUAUGGAGGCUGGUGGAUGUAUCAGCGAGUAUCAAAGAGAUAAAGAUCUAGCACGAUCUCAAGCAAUCGUACCUACGGACUCGAGUAUAGCUUUGACAUUACAUAUGCCACUUUUUCCACCUGGUAGAAUUAUUCACGUUGUUCGGCAUCAUCCUAACAAGGGCGAGAAAAAGUAUGAGUCACGGUGGAGACAGGUGUUGUCUAAACGCGAACCAGUCUACCAAGCAUUGUGGGCAGGACCAUGCGACUUCGACGAGGUGUUGAUAAGUCCAGUGAUGAUACAGGACCACAUGCCGGAUAACAUACUGAAGGCCUUGAAUAAGGUUGUAACAACCCUGGGACCAGCGAAGCCACAACGUUUGGCAUCUGGACAUGCUUCGUCUGCUGAACCAUCGGAAGCUCGUGAACCUGCAGAAGUCCAGGAGCUCGAGAUUGAGCAAGAGAUGAGGGCACUUCUCUCACCUUCGACCCCAGUCAAAUGCCAGAGCAGUAAUCUAGCAGGGACCCCACCUCACAAGCUUUGCCUCGAGACGAGUUUCACAUCACUACAGAGCCCUUCGGAAUUCCCACAGGCUGGUCGAGAACUUAGCGUUGACUCCAGAGGAAUACCAUGGGAAUACGUCAGCUUGGCUAGCGACUUACUCAACACACCACGACCAGACGAUAGUAAAUUAUCGAAUCGUCGUGGAGAUUGGGAAGAUGUCUCUCGUACCGCACCCCUUGCUACUCCCGAAACAUUAUCAGAAACAUCGAGUAAUCCACCCUCACCGAUACCACCACCAAGACCAAUGAGACGCACACCAAAGAUUCCGGGAAACUUGUCAACGGCGGCGGACGACCUCAAAAACAAUCUCCAUUUUGCAAUGCUCUCGGCGAAGAAUUACUUUCUUAGGGAGGAGAAUAUUGGAAGUAAUAGCAGUAGUGGUAAUAGUGAGGCAAGCUACGAAAGUGCCAAGAGUUUGACAACUGAUCUUCCGCCGCCUGUACCAAGAAGGAGGGAUUCGGUUACCAUUAGAAGAGAGCAAAGGGUAUGCACGGCUGCAUGUUGUAGAGACGAUCUAUCGGAAAAUUCAUCUACUCGUGCAUCCUCUCAUUCCUCAAGAGUGUCACGUACAUCUCAUCACGUGCAAGUAGAUUUUCCAGAAGGAGAUAAUGAAACGAACGGAUCUAGUUUAGAUUUCUUUGAGGCUAAGGGCUCGUCCGGUCAACGCGACAGCAGUAACGACGUAUUCCUUAGCGUUAGAAGUUCUCCAGAAUGUAAAGGCUUGAUGGCACCUGCCACUGAUCUUGGUGCCGAAUGGAAAAGAAAAUUCGAUGCUACUGGAAUAAGCGGUGAUGCAUCCUUGCCUCUUCUUCGUGGUCUUUCGCCUACACCAACUACCGCACAACACAGCUCUUCGCCGUUCUUUAAUGCUAAGCGAAAAAAAUAUGUUUAUCCUAUUACAUUGAUGGGUCGAGGUGAAAGUAGCGUCUAACGAAAAAAAAAAGAAAUUAAAGGAAAGAAGCAAAAUGAUCGAUAAUUUUUACGACAACUUUUCUAGCCUAAUCGAAAGUAAAGGAAAGGAAUCAUCGAUGGCAACUGCGAUUGAAAUGAAGAUUAAAACUUGUGCCAAUAUGAUCGUUGUUCUCUUGGUUUGAAGUUUCAAAGUUUUUCUAGAAAUACGUUUUACAAACAAUUAGAUUUAUAAAGCAAGAGAAAAUCAAUUAGAUUAUAAGCUUAAAAAAGGUAACAUUGAUUUGUCGAUUAAAUAAUCGUAUGACAAAUAUUAA